AUGUCCAUCCCGGCCCUCACUGAGCAGAUCGAGCCCCCAAAGCGAGAAGGCCUCUUCAUUUGCAGUGUUUUUUUGCAGGUCGCCAACCAGAGGGCAGGAUGGAAAAUGCAGGUGGCCCUCAUACUGUGCCUGCUGCAAGUUGCCAACGCGCUGAAGGGCCCGAGGCUGGUGUCUGGGGAGCCUGGGGGCGCUGUCACCAUCCAGUGUCGUUACACCCCCACAUCCAUCAACAGGCACCAGCGGAAGUACUGGUGCCGCCUGAGCCCCCUGACGUGGCUCUGCCACACCAUCGUGUCCACCAACCACUACACGCACGGUCGCUACAGGGGCCGCGUGGCGCUGGCGGACUUCCCGCACAGCGGCCUGUUUGUGGUGAGGCUGGCCCAGCUGUCCCCGGAGGAUGGGGGUUCCUACCGCUGUGGCAUCGGAAACGGAAACGACAUGCUGUUCUUGAGCAUGAACCUGGCCGUCUCCGCAGGAAUGGGUGAGUCAAGCCCCAGAGCAAUGUCAGCUGCCAGUGAGCUCAUCAGGAGAUCCUUCGGAACAGCCUCUCCAGCGGCCAACAGAUGGGCCCCAGGAACCACCCAGACUACAGAAAGGCAGGAGACAGAAUGGGACAGAGCUGCUCUGACUCCAGAAACCAGCAAAAGAACAACAGCUUCAGCUAAGGGAAUGCAAACCCCAGGAAGCCCUGGGUUGGUAGCUGCAGGGACAGUUAGUCAGGUAGAGAGUUCCAGCUGGGCCACCAUCCCUAUUCCGGAUGGUCCAGCUUCAGCAGUCGGCAGGAUGCCCGAUACAGUGGAACGUGAUUGGCUGUGGGGCACCAGGAGCUCAGCAACAAACAGAGCUGGGGCCAGAGAGGAAGGGAGAGAGACAACCACUGAGGCCAAUAGGCCAAGAGAGGAAGCAGAAAGGGUCAAAAUAGCCCUGGCUACAGACUGGACCAUCAUAAAGUCCAUCAGGCCAUCAACACUGGCCUCAGAAAAACUGGUGUGGGAAACCCGCCAAGAAGCAAGCUUGGCUUCUACACCACAAGCCCCGGGCUCCAUUGAAGGGACUACUGGAGCUGCAGGUGUGUGGGCCUGGGGGCCCACCAGCACAGAGAUGUCAUCUGCCGAAGGGAGCACUGAAGGGGACCUAGACAUGCCUGCUGGAGGCAGUGGUCCCCAAACAGCACCAAGCCAGGACCUGGUAGCAGGAUCCCUAAGGCCCCCGGGCAGGGGGUCCUCCAAGAAGAGCGCUUUUCCAGAGGAGAAAAACAUCUCUCGGAUGCUGACUCCUGUCUCCACGGUGCUGUGCCCACUCGCGCUUGUGGCUCUUGUUCUACUGCAAAGGAAGCUGCAGAGAAAGAGGACCUCUCAGGAGACAGAAAAGGCCCCAGGAGUCACCUUGAUUCAGGUGACACAUUUGCUGGAGCUGAGCCUCCAGCCAGAUCAGCUGCCCCAUGUGGAGAGGAAGAUACUCCAAGAGGGUUCUUCUCCUGCCUGUGCCACCAUGACGGUCCCAGAGAGGGACCCUGGACCCUGAGGAAUGGAAGGAUAACCAGGACCAAACACCAUGACCCCUUCUCAUCCUUCCUCCUCCGGUACAAAAGGAAGCGAAUGGAGCUGGUGCUUUAUUGGGGAAGCAAAGGCUGACCAUCCUUGGACCUAUAAAAGUCAUGAAUUGGCCACAGUCAAAGAUGACAGUGUGACUCAAAAAAGGCUUCAAGAAAGGAUUUAUUAAACACUGGUGGAGGUCACCUAGGAAAAAUGUGAAAUUUCCAUUCUUGGAGGUUUCAAAAUGUAAGAGGUUUUCAAUCAGUGUGAGGAAUUAGAAAUUUUCAACCAUCACAUCUAGCCCAUACCAGUUGCCCUCUUUUCUGACAUCUGUUAGCAUUCAGCCUACUGCAUACAUUGAAUUAUAUUCAUGUAACUAGCCUUGCUUUCUCAAGUAAAUUCUAAGUUCUUUUAGGGCAGUAAUUGUGUUUUAUCUCACGAUGCCCCCAGAGAACUUCCAUUCCAGUAGCCCCCCCCCCGCCCCCCAUAAAUAUUUGUGACUGAAUAGCUGACUGCAAGGGCACAGGCUCAGUGGCCUCUAGGGAUCCUACUCAUGCAGAUGCUCUGACUGUCCCCUCAUUCAGGAGUGCCCUGGUGGUUUUUACAUAGAGACCAAAAGGACAGCCAGUCCUCAAAUCAUCUCUCCCCAUUUGGCCCCAUACUCAUCAUGCUGUAGACCGUUUGACCCAGUCAAGAUUUUCUGGGAUUUUCCUAAAUCUGUGGGGGAGGAGGGCAUCUUUCAGUAGAUUCUCGCCUUUUCACAAAGCUUCUCUUGUUCCACUGCUUCUAAACCCUUGAUAGCCAGGAUGUUGAUGGGGCUAGAAAAUGGUUGAGGUGGGCAGGGGAAGGAGUAAGAGAGAAAGCGGCCAAAUGGAAUUUAUGUAAAUUCUGCUUUUAUAACCACUUCAUCUCAUGCCUCUGGGGGCACUUUUGCUCCAUCCUUGGUCCCACUGUCUUUGCAGGAGUUACCUCUGCUUUUUGAUUUUGCCAUAUCUGUUAACCAGCUGCCUGAGCUUCAUGUCUGGGCAGAGAAGCCUUUGGGCAAUUGAAGAGCAGGGAAAGAAAGACUCUGAUAGCGAAUGAGAAUUGUCAGAUAGACAUUCCCAGAUGCGUUAGCCCUGCUUCCUAAGCUGUCAGCGCACCAGAGGCCCUUUAUCAAUGCCUCCUCAUAGCUGAGUCUGAACCCGGACACGUUCUUAAGAAAAUCAAGGAGAUGCUGUCUUCCUGGUUUGUGCAAGAGAGAGACCCAUUGUUUUUGGAUAAGUAGGGAAGUUGUAUGCAUGUAACCAAAGGGAAUCAUUGAAAUUCCAAGCUAAUAGGUCCUUAGAGAUUGACCUCUCUAAAACCCUCAGCCUCCUGGGAGCUAACUAACGCCCUGUGGGGAAGCGACUUGUUCAAAGUCACUCAGUUAACCCAGUUAGUAAUGGCGGAGGGAGCACCAGAAAAGGGAACUCAGAACCUUAAUUUAGUGCCUUCUCCACCAUCACCAUGAUUAACAAUAUAUCAAAACAAAACUAAUCAAAAAAACCAAUUACACCAAGUUGUCUUGUUCCAGGCCAUUCUCAUGCACACUAUCUGAGUGACCUGCUUAAAAAAAAAGUCUGUAAGAGAGAUAGAACAGCCAACAUUAUCCCACUCGGCCAAUGAGGAAGCAGGCCCUGAGGGAUAUGUAAUUCGGCCAAGGUCACUUAGCUCGUUAGAGGCAGGGACGGGCUGAGAACCAGGUAAUAUAAAAUCGUUUUACCUAAUUAACAUUUAUCCGGCUUUCCGCAGAAUGCUAGCUUCUCAGGAUUGUUAAGAGCUAUUCUGAGGAAAAGCAGAUUUGGAAACUCAACGAAGUUUGGCAAAUGAGGGUUAAACAACAAACAGUUUCUUCUGCAUAGGAUUUUU